GCGGGGGCCAGCAGAAAGAAAGGCGGAAAAGGGGAGGGGGGGGGGGGUAAAGAAAAGGAACGAGGACAGGCAGAAUAGUGAAGAGUGCAACAGUACACCCCGACUCGCCGGCAGGGAAUGCAGAAAGGUUCUGGCCUCUGGUUGUUACUGCUGGAUGGACAAGCACUGACAAAACAAGAGCAGGGGGAGAAAGGGCAACACUUUUGAGAGAAGAGAGACAACUGUGACCGAGGAGAUUGUUCAGUGUUUUCUCUGUCAUCUGAGCCUCUGACACCACAGACUCAGGAGGAGUUGGAUGUGCCACAGGGAAACAUAACUUCACCACAGACAGCAGAAGAAGAGGAAGAGGAGGAGGAGGAGGAGGACGUCUUUGAAGAGCUCUGUUGCUGCAGACGCCACUUUUUCUCGGAAAGGAGAAAAAACAAGGAGUGUAUUGUCUCUCUCGCCACUCCUCUAAUUUUAAUAUCAAGUGUGGGAUCGUUGUCUACAUUUGGUUAUUCUCAGGCCACAACGGUGUUUCUGAGCCACCAAAACAGUUUGCCCCAUUGAAGCUGAAACCAAAGAAAAGGCGGACAAAAAAAAAUCCCAUUACAAAACUCCCCAGAAGUCUUUGUUUUUUGGGACAUUUGUUUGAGCAUUGCCCAGAGAAAGAACAUAGAAUUCCCCCCCCCGACAUCACUAUCACUUCUCUUACAGCCGUGACAAGUCAAGAGUGCGUCUGGACUGGAACUGGCUCAGAUCAGCAGAUAACACCUCUGCACGGCAGGAACUGGUCCGACUAGUUUAUAAGUUGGAGGAGAGGGCAGGGCAGUUUAACCCUGCCUGGAGGGAAACUGUCUUUUAUUUCCUCCCACUAGCUUGUCCCUUUGGGGGAAAGUCAUGCGCUGAGAGAGUCUCUGACCUUCUUUUUCAUUCGGAGAGUGACUCUUGCCACUGCGCUUAUAGGAUAGGUGAGGUGGUGUGUGUGUCUUUUUCCCCCCUUUACUUCUUCCAGGGGGGAGGCAGAGAGAGAGAAAGGGAGAGGGAGGGAGAAAAAGGGAGUAAUUUAUUGUUUCCUGUGAAAAGAGCAAGGCUGCGCCCUUUUCUCCUGCCUGAACUCUGAACCACUUAAUGCGUGUCUGAAGUUUUCUCAGACCUUGGGAGCCAUUGAUCGGAGGUCAGCGCAGAAAACAGAGGGGUGAGGGACAAGAACAGAGCGAGCAGAGGGAUUAAGGAAGGGAGAGAGAAAACAGCAGCGGGAAAGGACCUCCAGGUCAGUCUGAGCAGACGGCAAAGGGGAGCGAGGUCAACGCGGCGGAGCCGGGGACAGACCUUUUCAUCCCACUCUUCGGGACGAAGCCCGCCUCGAAUUGCAAACGUGGAGCCGCUGUCUUGAGCUCUGGAGGCCGCUUCGUAGACUCUGAGGGCAGUUUGAAGCUGGGGGACAGGGCGGGUCUGUGUAUGAUCCACUCACAGGACCGCACGUCUCAGAGAACAUGGCCAUGGUGAGCGGGGGAUGGGGCAACCCCAACGGGGACACUAAUGGACUGGGGGAGAAGGCUUACCUGAGGAGGGAGGAGGAGGACGGGUCGCCCCAGGCCGGCAGCAGCGAUGUGGACGUCGGGGACGAGGACAAGGCCUGCGUGGUGGACUGUGUGGUGUGCGGGGACAAGUCCAGCGGGAAGCACUAUGGCGUGUUCACCUGCGAGGGCUGCAAGAGCUUCUUCAAGAGGAGCAUCAGACGGAACCUCAACUACUCGUGCAGAUCCAAUCGAGAAUGCCAAAUCGACCAGCACCACCGCAACCAGUGUCAAUACUGUCGCCUGAAGAAGUGUUUCCGUGUUGGGAUGCGCAAAGAAGUCCAGCGAGGUCGGAUCCCUCCGUCACACUCAGGUAUCAGUCCGAACUCCCUGGCAGGUGGAGUCGGGGGUGCAGGGCCAGGUCACAUUGGGGCCGACUAUUUCAACGGGCAGCCGGUCUCAGACCUCAUCUCCCAGCUCCUCCGGGCCGAGCCGUAUCCCAGCAGCCGUUACGGGGCCCCCUACAGCCAGCCACAGAUGCAGGCAUCUGCGAGCGGAGCCUCCGUCAUGGGCAUCGACAGCAUCUGUGAGCUGGCCGCCCGGCUCCUCUUCAGCACCAUCGAGUGGGCCCGAAACAUCCCGUACUUCCCAGAGCUGCCCGUUUCAGAGCAGGUGGCGUUGCUGCGGCUGAGCUGGAGCGAGCUCUUCAUCCUGAAUGCGGCUCAGUCUGCUCUGCCUCUGCACAUGGCUCCUCUGCUGGCUGCAGCCGGCUUUCACUCGUCCCCCAUGUCCGCUGAGCGCGUGGUGUCCUUCAUGGACCAGGUCCGGGUUUUCCAGGACCAGGUUGACAAGCUGAACAGGCUGCAGGUGGACACGGCCGAGUACAGCUGCCUCAAGGCCAUUGCACUGUUUUCACCUGAUGCAUGUGGUCUCACAGACCCGGCCCACGUUGAGUCCCUGCAGGAGAAGGCCCAGGUCGCCCUGACGGAGUACGAAAGAAUGCAGUACCCCAACCAGCCGCAGAGGUUCGGCCGCUUGCUGCUGCGUCUCCCUGCUCUGCGCGCCGUGCCGGCCAACCUCAUCUCCCAGCUCUUCUUCAUGCGGCUGGUGGGCAAGACGCCCAUCGAGACGCUGAUCCGAGACAUGCAGCUCUCGGGGAGCUCCAUCAGCUGGCCCUACGCACCGGGACAGUGAACCCCCCCGGCGACUCCAGGGUGAAAUGGACUGAGAUCAGACGGGGGAGGAUGUGAAGCUCCCAAAGAUUACACACAAGUACAGACUGAAUGUUAUGUAAACAAACUGGGAUCCUAUUUGAGUGUAGAAAUCACAGUAACCUUGUAAAGUUCGGUUGUUGUCGCACCAAAGCUGCUUUCGGGGAAACAAAAAUUCACCUUUGUUUGUCGCACUUGACGUUUUUCGUCCGACCCCCAUCUGAUCUCUCGUCGUCUCGCUCUGGACAAGGAAACAGGGGCUUUGAUUCAAAUGCAGACUCUAACAUGAGGCCGUGUGCCUACUACUACUACCUCCUCCCACAUCACCUCACAUGUGACUCAGUUUGGACCCGGGCCUGAGUGUUUUCCCUCUGCUUUGAGUCGAAACGACGAAGCCAUAGCAGUGCCACUUUUACAGACGGAGCUCUAUAUAUCGCCACAAGGACGUGUUGUUCAGGUGGUGUCAUGAUAUGUCGGGGUCAAAUAUCUGACCUUUGUUACCGAAUGUAUUUUGCGAAGACUAAGAAGUGUCACCUUGCCGAGCAUCGCAUCAAAGAAGAGGCUUGAGCAUUGUACUGCGUGUUGUACUCUAUAAAGUGCAACCAGGAAAUAUUUUGUACAUUAGAUACUUAAAGGAGUAGUUCAACAUUUUGGGGGUCGUUUUUAAUUCAGUUCAUACAAAAAUUAAGUUGUAAAAACGACAACUGUCCGUUUAAAUUGGGUUUAUGUGCUGGAUUAAUAUUUUGGCUUUUAACAAAAGUAACUCCAGAAGGUUAUUGGUCCUGGCUAAGAAUCAUAACCCUACAUAAACCCAAUCAUUUAUUUUUUUUGUGCAGUUUUUAGCAGCAAUGCAUAUGGAUGUUUUCUCUCUGAACAACAUGAAGCUAAGCUGCUGGUUCCCUCUUUGUGUUUACUCUACAGACAUGAGAAGUGGAAACGUUCUUCUCAUCUAACUCUCGACAAGAACGCAAAACGGCUUUUGUUUCCCAAAAUGUUGAAAUGACGCUUUCAAUGUAGAAUACAUUCUUGCGGUAGAAAGAAAAAGUGGAGGUGAAUAUGCUCGGACACGCCCUGGCUCCUCAGUCACAUCCCCGUCUAACAUUAUUACCUCAUAUUUUAUACAUCAACGAUUGUAUAGUGAACUGUUCAUGUACUAAAGAUUAUUAUAAAGGGAUCAAGCUAUUAUUAUCAUCACAGAAACCACAAACAAUAAUAUUGCCCCAAAGACCCGUCUGUCCACCAGACUUUUAGCCAAAAUAUAUUUGAAUACGUUUUAACAUGUAAAGUUUGAUUUGAGAGGACAUCUGAAGUUUGUCAGAUCAUUUAACAGAAAGCUAUAGAGCUAUAGAGUCAAGUAAGUCUUUUCUGUUUAAUCUCUGCAAACUGGGCCCUGUUUCUUUUGCUUUGGUAAGGGUAGAGGUAGUUCAUUUUGAUUCUUCUCACAUUUUUGAUCCCCUUCUAAAAGCCUGUCCUAAUGGACCGUGGCUACUAUCAGAUCAUUACUGCUCUUAUGCAAGGUACUUGCAUGUUGCGUGUUGAGUUGUAAAGGUUAUGCUGUAUGUUGGUACUGAGAUAAAGGACAAUGGUACGAAGUAGUUCAUGUGUGUCAGUGCCGUGAACUGCAGCUCAAUGUCACAAACGUUUGCCCAUUUCCAGUUUCCUAAAUAAUAAUUGAGUGAAAGACCAUUUUUGGCUUUUAAAGUUUUGUAUCCAUUGUUCUUAUCCCCCGAUGCAGCUUGCCACGCUGCCCCCAAAUCACUUUGUGUUAUUUGUUGGAAUGUAAACUGUAGUGAUUUGACUGUUUAGCUUUGCAUUGAAAAGAAGUUUGUUUCUAUGACCAUGCCAAAACUAUAAAAAAAAAGUGCAAAAGAAGUCCAUUUAGCUGACUUGUUAUUUUUUGCAUUUCUGUAAAAUAAAAAAAUAUGCACAUUC